GGUCGCGGAGCCGGAGCAGCCGCUGCUAAGUGUUUGGGCUCGGUCGACACCGCGGUGCUUGCUCCUCGCCCCAGCCGCCGCCGAGGGAGCGGCCGCCUAUUGUCCUUCUCCGCCGCCAAGGCGCGGAGCUGCUCCGGCUCGGCCCGCGGGGGAGCCCGGGGAGCCGCACGUGUCCUGGGUCAUGAAACUUAGUCCACAGCAAGCCCCAUUAUAUGGCGAUUGUGUUGUUAGAAUACUGCUUGCUGAAGAGGACAGAGUUGAAGAUGAUGCUAUUUUCUACUUGAUAUUUUCUGGCUCUACUCUCUAUCACUGCACAAGUACCCGGAAAGUCAGCUCUGAUACGUUGGAGACAAUUGCUCCUGGUCAUGACUGCUGUGAGACAGUGAAGGUGCUGCUCUGUGCUUCCAAAGAGGGCCUGCCUGUGUUUGUAGUAGCUGAAGAAGACUUCCAUUUCGUCCAGGAUGAAGCAUAUGAUGCAGCUCAGUUCCUGGCAACCAGUGCUGGAAAUCAGCAGGCUCUGAACUUCACCCGUUUCCUUGACCGGUCAGGACCCCCUUCUGGGGAUGUCAACUCUCUGGAUGAGAGGGUUGCAUUGGCGUUCAGACACCUGAAACUGCCCGAAGAGUGGAAUGUGUUAGGGGCAGAUCACACCUUGCAUGAUGGUGGCCCCCGGGAAACAUUGAUGCAUUUUGCUGUGCGGCUGGGACUGUUGCGGUUGACAUGGUUCCUGUUACAGAAGCCAGGUGGCCGUGGAGCUCUCAGCAUCCACAACAAGGAAGGGGCAACGCCUGUAAGCCUGGCAUUGGAACGAGGUUAUCAUAAGCUCCACCAGCUCCUGACUGAGGAAAAUGCUGGUGAACCAGAUUCCUGGAGCAGUUUAUCCUAUGAAAUCCCUUACGGAGACUGUUCGGUGAGGCACCAUCGAGAAUUGGACGUCUAUACAUUGACUUCUGAAUCUGAAUCACAUCGUGAAUCCCAUGGAGACAGUUGUACUGGACAUAUUUUUAAACUUAUGAAUAUCCAGCAGCAGCUAAUGAGAACAAACCUCAAGCAGAUGGACAAUCUUACGCCUUUAAAGGUGACAGCACAAGGUUCUUCCAGUGUGCCCAGUGCACCGGAGACAGAUGGCCAGUUCCUUUCCGGUGCACCAGAGCCUUCUGACCAUCAGCAGCUCUCUUCUGAAGAAACCAAGAGCACGCUGUGCUGCCGAGGGAGUCCUGUGAGGAAGGCUGAAAGGUCCUGUGAUUUGUCAAGUGCGGCUGAGGAAGAAAAUGUAGCCUGUUCUCAUAAGAAUAAAGAUGUGGGGAGGGAAGGGGAAGAGGAGGAGCCAGCACCUGCCGUGGACUCCAGCUCUGCACCUCUUCAAGACAACUGCCUUCAGAGUAUACCCGACUGUGGAUUAAAGGCCACAGAAGGCCUUCCACCCUGUGGAAACAGAAACGAAGUCACUAGAACAAAAUAUUCUGGGAUGGCCACAGGUCAGCAGCCCCCGAGCAGCCGGGGCAGUGUGCCUCAGGAAGUCAUGGUCUCAGAGCCAGGGAGAUGCCAGCAUUCUUCAGGAAGGGAGCUCCUAGACAGUUCUUCAACAGAUGCUGGUGCCCCCGAGAAUGCAGGGGAACUAGAACCUAGCUCACUGAACCCAAGUGCUACCAUCCAGAAGAAUAAGCAUCAAGUAGGAGAAGGCACAGAGGGAGGAUUUGAGAAUUCUGAUGUCAGCAUGGCUGAGGCAUCCGGUGUUCAAGCUUUACACGAACCUGUAGAGAAAGCCAAUAUUACAAACCAUGCCUUUGCCGCCAGUGCCCUGGGUGCCAACAUGGCUGCUGAGUCUUCGCCUGCAUCAAGGCCUGGAGAAAGCCUCACUGAGAAAACUGGAAUGGGAACUCGGGAGGGAAGUUGUGAGGAGAGAACUGAUGCUCCAAGUGUCCAGAGCUCUCUGGUGUUUCCAGCUGCUGCAGAAGACAAGAUUUCAGGUGGACCAGCACCUGAUACUCCCCUAGCAGGCCUGUGUGAGACACCAUCACCCUUGGCUUUAACCAUUUCUGGGCCAAAACCAGAUGGGAUGCCAAACCAGAAAUCAGAAUCUAAUUCAUGGCAUGCUCCAAGCCAAACCAGCCAGGCACUGCCCUGUUCUCCAUCUGAGGCCGGUACAUCUUGUGCUGAGUCUUCAUGUCAGCAGAACACAGCGACUUAUAGUGGUGAGUUGGUUGUAAAACACUGCCGUGGUGAAGUUAGUCUGCCCAAAAGCCCCAUAACACAGCCAAACGCGCAGGAUCCAUGCACCACCCUCUGCCCAGAAGACCCACAAGCGGACAUAGUCACUUCUGACACUGUAGAAACUACCCAGGAAUCUGUGGGGGAUUGUCCUCUGUGUGUUCUACAUGCAGAGAGCCAGGGAGAAGAUUUAAAACAAGAUCCACCUUUAACAAAUAUGCUGGAGGAUGUUUCACAUUUGCCUUCAGUUGUCCCCCAAACCAAGAAAGAACAAGUGCCAGACCAGGUACCGCCACCAGGCAGCAGUUUCUCUCUGGCAAACAGUCCAGAGAGUGAAUCAGUAACCAAAGAUGACGCACUUUCUCCUGUCCCCUCCCAGAAAGAAAAGGGAACAGCAACUCCUCAGCUCCAUAGAGCUAUAGCUUGUAGAGAUUCCGAUGAUUCUGGUAAGCUAGGAGACGGCCCGCCUACACCCUGUGCUGUAGAGCUUCAGCCCAGCAUGGGGAAUACCAACCCCGUAAGCCUUGGUGGAGAUCACGAGGGCCCCAGGCCAACAGUGACACCCGAAGUUCCGAGCAACUCUUCACUACAAAGUGUGGAUAAAGCUGCUUCGGUCUCUGACUCUCUUCUGCCUGAAGAAGGUGGCAGUCUGCUGGUUCCAGAAAGCUCAGCAGCUCUGGGGCAAGAUGACAAGGAUAAAGCAGUGAGGUGUUCCUCUGUUAAAGAAGACAUGCGUUCUUCAGAAAUGUCAAGGGAAAACCAGCGAACACCACCUCCUGGGCGAGAGAUACCAAGGUCAUGUGAAAACCCUAUGGCAGCCGUUUGUGCUGGGGAGAAAGCAGUGCAGCCCAGUACCUCACCAGGCACACCCUCUGCCAGUCUGAAAACAGAAACUAAGCAUAACAAGGAAGUGGCCCCACAGGUCUUCACGCCGACUGAAGCGGGGGCUGUAAAGAGCCUGGUCUCACCAAAAGCAAGUCUGGCUGCAGAUUCAAAGCAGAAAGCCUCAGAUACAGAGCAGAGCAGUUCAACUCUGUUGCCAACUCUGCUUCCAGAUGCAUCUGAGGCACUUCAUUGUAAUCAGCCUUCUGCUCUGGAUGUUGGUGUGAAUACUCAGUUCCAAAAGAAAACCCAUGUUUGUGAGGUAAGCAGAAAUGUGAUGGAAGAUGUUACAGUGCCUAAUGCUUUAUCAGCUACUGCUAAGCCCAGAAGUAAGGAUAUAAUACACCAUGUCAAAGACAGUCCAGUUUCAGAGUUGUUAAACCAAGAGAAGAAAAUGACUCCAUGUCUGCCAGAAGCUUUACUGGACAAAGGUGUCACUGGCUCACAGGAAGUCAUAACCCCAGAGAUAGUACCACUUGAUUGCAAGAGAGAAAAAUUGGAGGGAACAGACCUCAGCUGUGCCAUGAGUAACUCCAAAGAAGCCCCAAAUGAUGAAGAAACAAUGCAGCCUCUUGCCAGGGACCUCCCCACAGAUACAGGACUCUCAGCUCUCAAUGACAGUGUCCUCCCAGCUGACAUGAAGCAAGUCACCCAGACCUCAGCCCAGGGAGAGGAAAGUAAUGCCACCUCUCUACUUGGAAUCCAAGCUGCGCAUGUACCUAUGGGGGCAGACCCCAUAGAGGAGAUAGCCUCUCUUAUAGUGGAGGCCGUCAUCGAGCAAGUCAAGGCCUCCAACACACUGUUGACUAAAGGAAAAAUCAGUAAUCCAUCACUGUCCAUCCCGGAGACUGAGCAGCUACAGAAUGUUUGCACAGAGAGUACAUGUACUUUCCUACCUGGGGAGACCCUGCCAGUGGAUAAUACUCAUGCCGAAACCCCUGGGAACUGUGUUGUUGAAACAGAGGAAGCAGAGAAAAUGGUUCCACCUGUCAACAGGCCUGAGCCAGCACCAGAAAUGCCAGACACUAAAGCUGAAGAUGAAGUGGAUUUUCUGAGUAAAACCAGAGCUCCUUCUGAGGAGGAAGCUGUAGGAAAUGGAACUACCACACCCAAGACGAAGCAAGGCCCUGGGACCCAGGCGAUCAACCGAGAAAGCUGGUGUACCAUAGAGCCAUGCCCUGAAGCAGCCUCUCUUCUGGCUUCCAAACAGAGCUCAGAAUGUGAAAGCUUCUUAGAUGUUGGACUGGGCACUGAGUGUGCCUCAAAAGAAGGCGUGCUUCAGAGAGCCUCAGGGAGUGAGUCCGACCUCUUCCACUCACCCAGUGACGAAAUGGACAGCAUCGUCUUCUCCAAGCCCGAGGAAGAGCAGUUGCUUUGUGACACCACCGGAUCCAGUUCCUCCACAGAUGACACAGCUUCCCUGGACCGACAUUCUUCUCAUGGCAGUGAUGUGUCCCUUCCUCAGACGUCAAAGUUGAGUAGGUCCAGAAAUCAUCAACGCUCUGAUGGCUUUCUCAGCCAUGGAGUGGGACCUGAGCGUCGAGAGAGUGAGAGUGAGCCUGUUGGCCCUGGUGAAAUGGAAGAGGAGGAAAUGGACAGCAUCACUGAAGUGCCUGCAAAUUGCUCCUUUCUGAGGAACUCCAUGCGUUCUCUUUCCCCUUUCCGGAGACAUAGCUGGGGUCCUGGGAAGAAUGCAGCCAGUGAUGCAGAAAUGAACCAGCGGAGUUCAAUGCAAGUUCUUGGGGAUGUUGUCAGGAGACCUCCCAUUCAUAGGAGAAGUAUGAGCUGGUGUCCCUCUGGUGUGCAGUACUCGGCUGCUCUGAAUGCUGACUUUAAUUUCAGAAGUUUCAGUCUGGAAGGCUUGACAGGAGAAGCUGGUGGUGGAAAUAAGCCAUCCUCGUCUCUAGAAAUGAGCUCUGCAAACUCCAGCGAGCUCAGAAACCCUUUCAGUGGUGAGGAACAGAGGGAUUCUCUGAUGUCACUUUCAGAAGAGCAUCUGGAGCCAGACCAGAGACACCAUCAUAGGAUGUUUGAUCAGCAGACAUCUCACAGGUCCAAACAACAGGGAUUUAAUUACUGUACAUCAGCCAUUUCUUCUCCAUUGACAAAAUCCAUCUCAUUAAUGACAAUUAGUCAUCCUGGAUUGGACAAUUCACGGCCUUUCCACAGUACCAGUGCUAACCUGACCGAGAGUAUAACAGAAGAAAACUAUAAUUUCCUGCCCCCGAGCCCCUCAAAAAAGGAUUUUGAAGGCAAGAGUGGGACGAAAGUUAGUCGCACCUUCAGCUACAUCAAGAAUAAAAUGUCCAGCAGCAAGAAGAGCAAAGAAAAGGAAAGGGAGAAAGAUAAAACUAAGGAAAAAGAGAAGGAAUCUAAAGAGAAGGAUAAAGAGAAGAAGACUCUUAACGGGCACUCGUUCAGUCCCAUUCCUGUUGUGGGCCCCAUCAGCUGCAGCCAGUGCAUGAAGCCGUUCACCAACAAAGACGCCUACACUUGUACAAGUUGUAGUGCUUUUGUCCACAAAGGCUGCAGAGAAAAUCUAGCCUCCUGUGCUAAGGUCAAAAUGAAGCAGCCGAAAGGGAGCCUCCAGGCACAUGACACAUCGUCGCUGCCCACGGUCAUCAUGAGAAGCAAGUCUUCACAGCCCAAGGAGCGCCCUAGGUCUGCAGUCCUCUUGCCUGAUGAGGCCACUGCUGUUCCAUUGUUUACUAGCAGACGGUCCCAGCAGAGUGCCUCCCUCUCUAAAAGUGUUUCCAUACAGAACAUCACUGGAGUUGGCAAUGAUGAGAACAUGUCAAACACCUGGAAAUUUCUGUCUCACUCAACAGACUCACUGAAUAAAAUCUGCAAGGUCAAUGAGUCAACAGAAUCACUUACUGAUGAGGGUACAGAUAUGAAUGAAGGACAGCUGAUGGGAGACUUUGAAAGUGACUCUAAACAGCUAGAAGCGGAGUCCUGGAGCCGGACAGUGGACAGCAAGUUCCUUAAACAGCAAAAGAAAGAUGUGGUCAAACGGCAGGAGGUGAUUUACGAGCUGAUGCAGACAGAGUUACAUCACAUCCGCACGCUCAAGAUCAUGAGUGAUGUGUACAGCCGGGGGAUGAUGACGGAGCUGCUCUUUGAGCAGCAGAUGGUGGAGAAGCUGUUCCCUUGUUUGGAUGACCUGAUCAGCAUCCACAGCCAGUUCUUCCAGAGGAUCCUGGAGCGGAAGAAGGAGUCUCUGGUAGACAAAAGUGAAAAGAACUUCCUUGUCAAGAGGAUAGGGGAUGUGCUUGUCAAUCAGUUUUCAGGUGAGAAUGCAGAGCGCCUAAAGAAGACAUAUGGCAAGUUCUGUGGGCAGCACAACCAGUCUGUCAACUACUUCAAAGACCUCUACACAAAGGAUAAGCGGUUCCAAGCCUUUGUGAAGAAGAAAAUGAGCAGUUCGGUAGUAAGAAGGCUUGGAAUUCCAGAGUGCAUAUUACUUGUAACCCAGAGGAUCACCAAGUACCCAGUUUUAUUCCAAAGGAUACUGCAAUGUACCAAAGACAAUGAAGUGGAGCAGGAAGACCUGACUCAGUCCUUGAGCCUGGUGAAGGAUGUGAUUGGAGCUGUGGACAGCAAAGUGGCAAGUUAUGAGAAGAAAGUCCGUCUCGGUGAGAUUUACACCAAGACCGAUAGCAAGUCGAUCAUGAGGAUGAAAAGUGGGCAGAUGUUCGCCAAGGAGGAUCUGAAACGGAAGAAGCUGGUGCGGGAUGGGAGUGUGUUUCUGAAGAGUACAACAGGAAGGCUGAAAGAGGUUCAAGCAGUUCUCCUCACUGACAUUUUAGUUUUCCUUCAAGAAAAAGACCAGAAGUAUGUCUUUGCAUCGUUGGACCAUAAGUCAACUGUGAUCUCCUUAAAGAAGCUGAUCGUAAGAGAGGUGGCCCAUGAGGAGAAAGGUCUGUUCCUCAUCAGUAUGGGGGUGAAAGAUCCAGAGAUGGUGGAGGUCCACGCCAGCUCCAGAGAGGAGCGGAAUAGCUGGAUUCAUAUCAUUCAGGAUACAAUCAACUCCCUGAACAGAGAUGAGGAUGAAGGGAUCCCUAGUGAGAAUGAAGAAGAAAAGAAGUUGUUGGAUACCAAAGCCCGGGAGCUAAAAGAACAACUUCAACAGAAGGACCAGCAGAUCCUCCUCUUGCUGGAGGAGAAGGAGAUGAUUUUCCGGGACAUGACGGAGUGCAGCGCUCCCUUGCCCGAGGACUGCUCCCCAACACACAGCCCGAGAGUCCUCUUCCGUUCCAACACAGAGGAGGCUCUCAAAGGAGGGCCGCUGAUGAAAAGCGCAAUAAGUGAAGUGGAGCUCCUCCAGGGUCUGGUGAGUGGAAGUCUUGGUGGCACACUCGGACAGUCUGUCAGCAGCCCUAUUGAGCAGGAAGUCAUGGCUGGCCCCAUUUCCUUGCCCCGGAGAGCAGAGACCUUUGGAGGAUUUGAUUGUCAUCAGAUGAAUGCUUCCAAAGGAGGAGAGAAGGAAGAGGGUGAUGAUGGCCAAGAUCUUAGGAGAACAGAAUCAGACAGUGGUCUGAAAAAGGGUGGAAAUGCUAACCUGGUAUUUAUGCUUAAAAGAAACAGUGAGCAGGUUGUCCGGAGCAUUGUCCACCUCCAUGAACUCCUUAGCAUGCUGCAGGGUGUUGUGCUACAACAGGACAGCUACAUUGAGGACCAGAAGCUGGUGCUGACAGAGAAGGUCCUGACAAGGAGUGCGUCCCGCCCCAGCUCACUCAUUGAGCAGGAGAAGCAGCGGAGCCUGGAGAAGCAGCGCCAGGAGCUGGCCAACCUGCAGAAGCAGCAGACCCAGCACCUGGAAGAAAAGCGCCGUCGGGAGCGUGAGUGGGAGGCCCGGGAGCAGGAGCUGAGGGACCGUGAGGCCAGGCUGGCCGAGCGGGAGGAGACAAUCCGCCGUAGGCAGCAGGACCUGGAGAGGGACCGGGAAGAGCUCCAGCAGAAGAAGGGCACUUACCAGUGCGAUCUGGAGAGGCUGCGGGCUGCCCAGAAACAGCUGGAGAGAGAACAGGAGCAGCUGAAGCGGGAUGCAGAGCGGCUCAGCCAGAGGCAGAUGGAUCAGGACCUUUGCCAGGUUUCGAAUAAACAUGCCAGGCUGAUGCGAGUCCCGUCCUUCUUGCCCAAUCCGGAUGAGUUCUCCUUGCCAUCGGCCCCUUCCAUAACCAAGUCAGGGUCAUUGGACUCAGAACUUUCAGUGUCUCCUAAAAGGAACAGCAUCUCUCGGACACACAAAGAUAAGGGGUCUUUUCAUAUACUGAGUUCAACAAGCCAGACAAAAGUACCAGAGGGGCAGAGCCAGGCCCCACCCAGCACCUCCACUUCCACCCGCCUUUUUGGGUUAGCUAAGCCAAAGGAGAAGAAGGAGAAGAAAAAGAAGAGCAAAGGAGGCCGCUCUCAGCCUGGUGAUGGUCCGGCUUCGGAAGUGUCAGCAGAGGGUGAGGAGAUCUUCUGUUGACCCGUUUCCUCUGCCGGGGCAGCCGCCUUCCGACCCUGAUCCGGCAGUGAUGUGGCUGCGGUACCCGUGCUGCCCCUGUGCACGAGUCUCUUACACUGGACGCCCACUGCCGCUCAGCGUCCAGUCCUCCUGAGCUAUCCCAGGUCCUGGACAAGAAAGAGAAACGGCUGCGUGUCGGGGUGGAGAAGGACGCUCAGACCCCACUUCCGCCGUGAUCCGUGACUGCCCAGGACUUGGGUGGGCCUGGCCUCACUCAGGGUGUUCCACUGAAAGUAGUGACCCUAGAAGUAGGAAAUAGUUUGAGACGUGUCAGGAUUCCCUAAAGGCUCCAAGAGUGGACUGAAGCCUUGCCUUGUCUUUGGGGGAAUACAACCAGAACUCCAUCAGCAUGUAUGCGUGGAGUACACCAGCUGUGGACACAUCAGGAUAGCUUAGGCCAAGAGCAAGCACCUGGCCAGGUGGCAUGUGGAGAUAGAGUAUCUCCCCCACCCCACCCCAUGGUCCCCUGAGACGGGGUCCCUGGAAACAGCCCAGUGCACACCCACUUUGUAUUCCUCAUUUUAUUCUAGGAAGAACAGCAGCAGAAUGUUUGUGGAACUAGCGAGAGGCCUGAUGUGUACAAAAAGCAGGUAGCCUGCACCACCUGGAUCUCUAGUCUAGGCUGAACUAACUAUCUCACAUUUCAUAUUCAAAUCAGGAAGAAACAUACUGCUGUCCCAGGUGCCCGUCAAAAUGCUCUGGGCACAGAGGAAGUAGAGAGGCCUCUUCACCACUGUCCUCAGUAUGACACUUUCCAGUUGUCCCGGACCUCCCUGUGGGAAAGCAUGCGCCCUGUUGGUGCUCCCAGCCGCCUGCCCAGGACUAGUCUGUGCCCUGAGGCCUCUCCAUGCCCUGCUCUAGGAUGACUGGCUGAAAAGUAGAUUCGGGUGCAGGAGUUACGUCUGUCUGGUGGUUUUGCCAGUACAGACAGGGGAGCUGGCCCCCUCUGUAUUAUGAGGCUGGGUGCCCUCUCUUGGGUCACAAGGCCUCCUCAUAGACGGUUUUCAGAUGCAGUCCGCUUGGUUGUGCUCUUACCCUUGAAGCCUGUCUCUCCUCUCGCCCUCCAUCUCCAUGUGUUGAUCUCUGCAUGCUUGAGGCUUUCACCAGCUCGUGUGUGCAGGACAGUUCAUUGGUAAUGUACCCCUGAAGGCUCACGUACCUGUCCCUCGGGGUACUCCCCGUGGGGGACACGCUGGCGUCUGUGCUUCACACGCGGCCUUCAGUUCCCGGUUGCACCCUCAGAAGCACGGGGCUUUGAACAGAGCUGUGCAGAAACAAACCUGUGACUUGGUGCUUGCUGAUACCCUGCAAGCUGGACUUGCAGGUGCAGAUAUUUAUCUUUCAGUUUACUUGAAAGAGUCUGGGUGAAAUUUGUUAGCCUAAAUUUGUUUUAUUUAUUUUGUGUUUGUGCUUUGUUUUUAUUUUAUUUUAUUUUAUUUUGAAAGUGAACCAGUACUGGCCCAAGAGUUUGAACCACCUUCUCAGUAUCUUCUCAGUACAGAGAAUGAAGUGUCUGUCCAAGUGCAUGGAGGUCCCCAGGGGAACUCGAGGGUUGAGGUGGGAGCUGUACCCUUCCCGCCCAGGCCCUUUUUUCAUAAGGAAUGCGUUCGUCCUUCUUUGGAGAUUUUAAAAGUUGCCCAUCCUUUGCCUCUUUUUGAUAAAGCCGGUUUGGCUCUUUAAACCCUAUUUUUUUUUUUUCCUACUAAAACUAUGAUGUCCUUCCCUCAAGAACCUUAAUAGCAAAAAGUUAGUUGCUUCCUUCUCCAAGUCCACACUGCUGUCACAGCAGAGCCUGCCAUGCCCCAGACCCACCACAGGGUUGGCCUGGCGGCAAUCCUGGUCCCUGCCUCUGAAUGCCCCCUCUGAGAGGCUGUACCCUUCCUUCCACAGUGGAGCGAGCCUGUUUGCUAGGAGGGUAAGGGUCUGAUUACACCUAGACUUGCCAGCCAAUCAAACCAAACCCUGCCCUCUUCCCUGUGCAGAGGGAGGCUAGUGACUCCUCCAGGCUCUCUGACAUACCCAGCGAGCCCAGGAAGCCUCCUCAUUCUGCCCUCAAGCAUCCUCCCAACCAGGAGUGUUGUGUUUUGCUUGCUUUGGUUGUUUUUAAAAUCCAAUCUCACUUCUACCCACACUCUCCAGAUAAUGAUCAGUGACAGCUGGGAGAAGUUCAGGUCAAAAGAAAGUAAACCUCUAAGUUCCCCCCAAGCUGCCCAGCCUCCCCCAGGAAGAGAACCUUUCGCCAAGAACUGACCUGCUGCACCAUCUGGCCCCUCAGUCUGCCGCACUUUGGGAAUUGCUGCUGUGCCUUUGCUUAGGACCCUGGGGAUUGCUUCAGCCGAGUCCACAGCCUUCUGUGGGAUUCUCAAAGAGAAGGGUAGUUUUCCAGGGACCAGGACUGUGUCCUGUCCUCUUGCCCGUACAUCAAGCUAAAGAAACCGCUGCUUUGGGGCACGCGUGCAAAUUGGCCCCAGCAUUGUGGAAUCCAGUGAACUUUCCAGAAGAUUGUAUCUUCUCAAAAAUUAUAAUCAUCUCAGUAGUUGUCGUCCCAUCUGGGUGACAUGUGCACUUUAAAUGGCCUCUCAUCAGCUGGCUUCAUUUUUGAGACAAUCAAACAUGUUAACUGUUUUCUUAGAAGAUGGGGAGGGUUAAAAAAAAAAAAAAAGCAUGCCAGCAUGCCCCCACCCCCACCCCAUGAGAGUCACCUGCAGGGAAGCCCUCCCAAGAUUGAUUUUUCGAAAGGUACGAAUUGAAUCUUCUGUGGGUUACACCACUAUCACUGCCCUUGGCGAGCCCCUCCCUGCCCCUGCCUUGGUUUUCUUCACUGCCUCGUAUUAGCAGUAAGCACAAAUGUUGAACUCCUUGGGGUGAUGUUAGCGUACACAGGCUUGGGAAAGGACAGGACCUUGGCCCAUAGGCCAGAGCUUGCUAAGAGUCUCUCUCAUACAAGUCUUUAAUGUUUCCUUCUGUCCUCAAGGCUCUCUUGGCAAGUUUUUUGUAUUUCAUGGGACCCUGACCUGUGCCCAAAAGACAGUCCUGGAGAGUGGGCUUCCGUGCCUGGACAUCUGAGCAUGGGUGCCUUUGGGUGAGGCGGUGACCCUGGCCAUCCCUGCAGAGACCCAGGGCACAGUGUGUUUGGCUCCUUGUUUUCUUUCAUGUAGCAUAACAUUCCUAGUUAACCAGAGCUUUGGAGUCUGUUGCCUGCUGGCCAGGUUUAGAAAUGCAGAGUAUUCUAAUGCUGCCAUAAGAAGGGGAGAGGUGGCAGCAGAGGCCUUUUCCUGCACUCUCAGUAACUUGUCAAAAGAUUGACAGGUCCUGAGUUACUUCUCCAUCUCAUUAAGGUGUAAGGUGGGUGGCUCCCACUGCUUCAAGUGUGUCCUUCCUCGAAACCAGACAGGUGCCACUGCCAUAGUCCCCUGAGGGCCUCUGCAGGAAGCACAGAACCUAUGCCUUAGACCAUCGAACGAACGAACGAACGUCAGCAGCCCUGCCCUGCUUGCCAGCUGCUGGGAUAGGCCUACCCAGUUGGUUUGUCUCAGGUUUCCUCCCGAGGCCUGGGCGCUACAAAAGGUGGGCAGGAUACACCUAUACCUCUGUUCUCGUCUCCAAAUGCUGUAUGAACAUUUCUGUACUAAGCCCUAUGAAAUAAGUUGGGUUAAACCCAAGCGCUGUAUAGUAAUUUGUAAUUAUGUAUAAAAGUGAAACAGUUUUGAACUGUAAAGAUUUUCAAUGUGUUUUCUGGAAAUUUGCCACAACAUACUGGCUUUGUAUUUUAUUUAUCAUUCUUUGUAGUUACUGGCUUAAGACUCUUGUAAAGUACCCCUCAGACCUUUCAAAAAUAAUAAAUUUCCUUUGAAAUCUUGA